AUGGAUUCGAUGGACGACAUUUUGGAAGAUCAUUGGAGUUGUCUCAGUGGGAUGUAUACCACUGAUCAAGAAGCUGAUUUCAUGGCUCGAUUGCUUAGCAACUGUCCCCUACCUGAUGAUGAUCGGCUCGAGCUUGAUCGGGGGUCGAACACGAAGAUCCCAUCGUCUGUUUGGCCUGUUAAUGUCGACAUGACAAUGGCUGAUGCUACUGUUUCAUCCUGUUCUUCGGAUAUGAGUAGUUAUAGCCCUCCCGGUAGUAAUGUUCUUCUUUCGUCUUCGUUGAGCCAAGAGAGGUUUCACCUGAGUGAUUCUCACCCGGUUUUUGUAGCCGAUAAUAGCACCGUUUCGAUCGAUUUUUGUAUGGAAGAUGACACGAACACGAGUUCGUUUCUCGUUGAUGUCGAUGAUUGUUUAAUCGCGGAAGAACCUGUUGUUUCUGAUAAGAUUUCGGUACCCAAUAAGACGGAGAAGAAAUGCAACAAUGUAGCCGAGAAUUCGAAGAAACGAUCUCGGACUAGUUCGGGAGACAUUCAAAGGACCAGGAGAAAUGCAAGGUCGAAGAAGAACGUCGACCAAGACGGUGGUAAUGCUGGUCUGAACGGGCAAAGCUGGGCCACUUGCUCAUCCGGGGAUGACACGAAUGCCUCUCCGGAGUCGAAUUCGGGUUCAAAGGGCAAUGCAGCACUAAAUUUGAAUGGCAAAACAAGAGCCAACAGGGGAGCUGCCACUGAUCCUCAAAGCCUUUGUGCAAGGGAAAGAAGGGAAAGAAUCAACGAAAGGCUGAGAAUUUUACAGAACCUUGUCCCCAAUGGAACAAAGGUUGAUAUUAGUACAAUGCUUGAAGAAGCUGUCCAAUAUGUCAAGUUUUUGCAACUGCAGAUUAAGCUGUUGAGUUCCAAUGAUCUAUGGAUGUACGCACCCAUUGCUUACAACGGAAAGGAUAUCGGACUCGAUCUCGAGGUUGGGACUGCAAAGAGAUCGUAGAAAGAUGUCGUCGGAGGUGCAGGGACUGCGGACCAUCUCAGUUGGAAACAUAGGGCUAUCUGCAAAUUCUCUAAAAUUGAAACAAGUCGUUGC